GGGCUGGCCGCGUGGCCGGGCGGCCCGGGCCGGGGAGCGGCGCGCGCGCGCGUGGCCCGCGAGCCCCUGGCGCGCCCCCGGCGGCCGGGGCCGCAGCGUGCUCGCCCCCGCCGCCAGCUCGCCUCACUUAUGGGUCGGAAGCGCUGCGUGGGGGAGACUGUUCCAAGAUGGCGGCGGGUUGCUGCGGGGUGAAGAAGCAGAAACUGUCCAGUUCGCCCCCCUCUGGCUCGGGUGGCGGUGGUGGCGCCUCCUCCUCCUCCCACUGCAGCGGAGAGAGCCACUGCCGAGCCGGGGAGCUGGGACUAGGAGGCGCCGGUACGCGGCUCAACGGGCUAGGAGGUCUAGCCGGAGGAGGUAGCGGCAGCGGCUGUACCCUCUCUCCCCCCCAGGGCUGCGGCGGCGGCGGCGGGGGGAUCUCCCUGUCGCCACCUCCGAGCUGCGGAGUGGGGACCCUACUUUCUACCCCGGCUGCCGCCACCUCUCCCUCGUCCUCCUUGUCGUCCGCCGCCUCGUCCUCAUCGCCCGGCUCCCGGAAGAUGGUGGUGUCAGCGGAGAUGUGCUGCUUUUGCUUCGAUGUGCUCUACUGUCACCUGUACGGAUACCAGCAGCCCCGGACCCCCCGGUUCACCAACGAGCCCUACCCACUGUUUGUAACAUGGAAGAUUGGUCGAGACAAAAGAUUGCGUGGAUGCAUAGGUACUUUUUCUGCCAUGAAUUUGCAUUCAGGACUCAGGGAGUACACACUUACCAGUGCCCUUAAAGAUAGCCGUUUUCCCCCAAUGACAAGGGACGAGCUGCCGCGGCUGUUCUGCUCAGUGUCUCUGCUCACUAACUUCGAAGAUGUCUGUGAUUAUUUGGACUGGGAGGUGGGUGUACAUGGCAUUAGAAUAGAAUUCAUCAAUGAAAAAGGAUCAAAACGCACCGCCACCUACCUACCGGAGGUUGCAAAGGAGCAAGGAUGGGACCAUAUUCAGACCAUAGACUCCUUACUGAGGAAAGGAGGAUACAAAGCUCCGAUUACUAAUGAAUUCAGGAAAACCAUAAAACUGACCAGGUACCGUAGUGAAAAGAUGACCUUGAGCUACGCCGAAUACCUUGCUCAUCGCCAGCAUCAUCAUUUCCAAAAUGGCAUUGGGCAUCCCCUUCCGCCGUACAACCAUUAUUCCUGACACUGAGCCGCACAGCCAGUCACUGGGCCUCUCUGCAGACCUCUUCCCAGGAGACCCUACCCCUUCUUGGUCUAGCUAUCUCUUUUACUGUACCAUUUUAUGAUGAUAGUUUCCGUUGCCAUGGUGAAGCUUCGACAUCGUCAGUUAAGAUCAUCAUGGUAACGGGUAGGAAAGUGGCAUUUACUAAGCAGAUCCUGUUUUAUUAUUUUAGAUCAUUGAUUUUUUUUUUUGCAGCAUAUAUGAAUUUUGGGGUUUUCGUACCUUACAACCUUAUAUAGAAUUUUGCUUUGCUAUAUCUCAGUCAGGUUUAUCUUUCUGUCCUCCUUUGCCUGCCUUCCUGUCUCCUUUCCUUCCUUCCUUCCUUCCUUCCUUCUCUUCCUUCCUUCUUUUGACUGUGGAUGGAAGACAUUGUGCAGUUUUUAAGGAUUCCAUUUAGGUGUUUCUUUAGUUUUUUUCCUCAGUAAGAUAGAUCAUUUUUGAUAGCUGUGUUUGGGAGUAAUUCAUAUCAGAUUCAGGUAUUUGUAUAUUACUCUUGAAUUUGUCUAAAAUUCAUUUUGCUACGAGAGCUUCGUAUGUGGGUCUUUCACUCCCUAAGUAUAUGUUUCUCCCAUGGAUAAAAUAGAUGAACUUUUCGUUCUAGUAUAGAACAUUCGAAGGUCCAAGACAGGACUUGUCACAGAGAGUGAGAAAUCAUUUAUGCCUAUCGUGCUGGGUAUCAUAGGAAAAACUGCCUCAUCACUUUAUAGAAUCAACUUACAACCUAAAACACUGUUUUAAGGAAUUACAAGCUACCUUUGAAAUAUGCUACAGAAAUCAUUUCGAAAAGCAGCGAAUAUCAGGAAGAGAACAGAUACAGAACUUUAGUGCCUUUGAGAAGACUAUAAUUAAGUGGAAUUAAGAGGGAUUAGAAAAAAGGCAAUUUAGAGAAAUAUUCUUGUAAAAUUGUAUUGUUUCUAUAUAUGAAACAGCAGAUUAGACAAAUUGCUUACUCAAGUAUUUUUUUAAGCUGAAAAAAUUUAUUUUGAGCAAAUAACCAAAAAGAGACAUUUGUCUAUUAUAUAUUAACUUAAAUUUGUUAGCUUUAGGUUUCAGUAAGUCAGUCGUGAUUGGCCAGAGACAAUUGUAGCUGCCAUUUCAAGAAAUGGCAAAGCUAAUCUAGUGAAACAAAAGUUCAUUCAUGCCGUGCUUUCAGACAUGUUUGUCAUGGGGACAACACUGGAGUUUUAGAAAUACUAUAAAAUCGCUUGAAUCUCUUUCUGCACUACAUACUUUAGAGAGAAACACAUUUACUAUAUUGAUGUUAUGUUACACCUAUGAAAAUGGAUUGGCAUUUAGAUAUAUACCAUAUAGUAUAGUUGUUGGAGCCCAGCUCGUUUGCAGGGCGAGUUUUCCCGUGACGCAUACAUACAAAGAGAACUUCCUAAUGUCAGCAGGAGGUCUGUAUGUAUAUCCCCAGGGAAAACGACGGAUUUUGGAGAAAGAUUACCUUCAUUUUAUGGUAGUGAAUAUGUGUGUGUGUGUGUGUGUGUGUGUGUGUGUGUGUGUGUGGCGUGCGUGCGUAUGCAGUAUGUGUGUAAGAAAAUUUUUUUCAAACAGGAAACAAAUAUAUCAAGUAAUGAAUAUAUGUAUGGAGCAGAAUAUAUGGUCUAAAACUAUGAGAUGUCACUGAAUAUCAAGAUGGCGUAGCUUAUGCAUGUAGUUGCUGUGACAGGUGACAGACUGCUAGUUCAGAAUUUGAAAACCCUUUUCUAGUUUGUGUGAUUAAUGGGCUGAAUUCCUUCUGCUUGCCCUUGCGGGAAAGCAAACUGCUUGUGUUUUUCGAUGAGAGUUCUUAGGAGUGUCUUGAUAUUCCUUCAUCCACAGCAUCUGUUGUUGAAAUAACCAUUUUCAGUUGUGAUGCCUUAACUAAGAAGCCAAUUGUUAGCCUGAAAUGGAAUCUCAGUAGCCAGUUCCAUUGAACCUAGACAUGAGUCAGAGAAAGCUAGCUGUUGGGCUUUAGAAAGGGAUUUUUGAGUCCUUUCAUUUCUACUUGGGAGCAUUUUGGAGCAGAUUAGUCUUUUAGUAUGAAAACAAGUGGCUACCUGAUGGACAUUUUUUUCUUGCCCUUAUAGGGAAACUGAGCACAAGCUGAAUGAUAUUGUCUGCUGCAAAAA